AUGGUCGGCAAGGACUGUGUCGCCAUCGCAUGUGAUCUCCGCCUUGGUCUCCAGGCCCUUACCGUUUCCAACGACUUUCCCAAGAUCUUCCAGUACGGCGAUGUCUUCCUCGGUCUGACUGGCCUGGCCACCGAUGUGAACACCGUGAGCGACCUCUUCCGCUACAAGGUUAACAUGUACCGCUUGCGUGAGGAACGCGAUAUCGCACCUCGAACAUUUGCCAACCUCGUCUCUUCGUCCCUCUACGAGCGCCGUUUCGGACCUUACUUCGUGUCUCCCGUUGUCGCUGGCUUAGACCCCAAGACCGGCAAGCCUUUUAUCUGUGGUUUCGACAGUAUUGGCUGUAUUGAUUUUGCCAAGGACUUUAUUGUCUCUGGUACCGCUUCAGAGCAGCUCUUUGGCAUGUGCGAGGGUCUCUGGGAGCCCGAUCUGGAGCCCGAUGCCCUCUUCGAGACUAUCUCCCAGUCUUUGCUCAACGCCGUUGACCGUGAUGCUCUUUCCGGCUGGGGUGCUCAUGUUUACAUUAUCGAGAAGGACAAGGUUACCAAGCGAUUACUAAAGGGACGACAGGAUUAG